AAAUAUCGCCACCUCUCCCUCUCUCUCCGGAGAGAAGGAAGGAACUGAGCGCGCACGGCGACACAUCUGGCGGCACGCUUCCUUUGGCCCCCAGCGCUCCUCGUACGCACGCACGCACGCACGAACACGCACAGCGGCGCGGUCGCCGGCGGUGGGGAUGACGAGGCGGUGCUCGCACUGCAGCAACAACGGCCACAACGCGCGGACCUGCCCCGCCCGCUCCGGCGGCGGCGUCAGGCUCUUCGGCGUGCACCUCACGUCGCCGCCGGUGGCCGCGAUGAAGAAGAGCGCGAGCAUGAGCUGCAUCGCGUCGUCGCUCGGGGGCGGCGGGUCCGGGGGCUCGUCCCCGGCCGCGGGGCCGGGGCCCGGCGGGGUCGCCAGGGGAGGGGGCGAGGGCGCGCCGGGGUAUGUCUCCGACGACCCCAUGCACGCCUCCUGCUCGACCAAUGGCCGUGCCGAGCGCAAGAAAGGUACACCUUGGACUGAAGAAGAGCAUAGAAUGUUUCUACUGGGUCUGCAGAAGCUUGGCAAAGGGGACUGGCGUGGGAUAUCUCGUAGUUUUGUUGUUUCAAGGACCCCAACUCAGGUGGCCAGCCACGCCCAGAAGUACUUCAUCAGACAGACAAACUUCUCAAGGCGGAAGAGGAGGUCAAGCUUGUUUGACAUGGUCCCGGAAAUGCCAAUGGAUGAGUCCCCCGAUGGCGCGGAAGAGUUUACGCUCUGCAGCACUCAAGAUGAAACAACUAAUUCAAAUAAACUGUCACUGUUUCAUCUCGGGCGACCGAAGGAAGCAGAAUGUGAUAAAGAUCUGCCAACUUUGCAACUAAGGCAGCACGAAGAAUCUGAAUAUGCAGGGCGUUUAUUAGAAGCACCAGAUUUUGAGAUGAACAAUGGUGUAUCAUUCAAGGCCGCAUCUGUCUCGACAGUGCCGGCGUUCUACCCAGCAUUGCUCCCUGUUCCACUAACACUUUGGCCUGCGAAUGUUUCUAACGUGGAAGCAGCAAACGCAACCCAUGAAGUUCUAAAGCCCACUCCUGUGAAUGUAAAGGAGGCAAUUAAGGCGGAUGAGGUUGUCAGUAUGUCCAAGCUCAGCAUUGGUGGUGACAGCUCUAGCUCAAUGGAACCUUCUGCUCUUUCCCUUCAGCUUACCGGGCCGACAAAUACAAGACAAUCGGCUUUUCAUGUGAGCCCACCAAUGACUAGAACUGACCUAAGUCAGGGAAACAACAGCCCAAUCCAUGCAGUUUGAAGAGUCAUGGAAUGGGCCUUCCUAGUCAGAUCUUACAGAUUGUAUUAAUGGUCCUGAUACUCUAAAAUGUUGCGUAAGCUCCUGCGCUUGUACUUUUGUACCGUAACAGCUUCUAAGCUAAUGUAUCACCAUCUUAUUUAUUUUUUCAUUAAUAAAGGUAGAGAUAUACAUGUCACUGAAAA